AUGGCGCCCGAAAAUUCAGAGCAGGAGUUUCUUCGCCCUCCAAGCGAGCAGAACUUCGAGCCAGUCUACCGCGAACCCUCCUAUUACAAUCCUCUAAAUACCUUCCGACUACCUAGUGGACAAGACAGGCACUACCAGCAGCAAUAUGGCGACAUGUACUUCUUGCGACUGGCCAAGUUGAAACCCGCGGUGGAGGAAAUCGCAGUGGAAGCCUGGGAAGGAUUCAGCAUCGCGGGAGAGAAUGCACGUCGUGUGGAAAGAGUACUGGAUGUACGGCAGGGAGAGCUCUGCUGGGUUGCAGGCACGAUCUACAUGGAUAUGCCACUUAAACCCAAUAUCCUUGACGACUUGACCAAGGAGAACUACACUCUCGCCCCUCCUCCUCGCCCAACCUACCAGGACCCCUCCCAUCCAGAGUUGACACAGAUCAUGCUGGAAGAUGAAUCCGGACGACUGCGCCUAACGGGCAGCGCGCUCAGCUCCACGCAGCUUGCCACUGGCGCCAUCAUCGCGGUCUUAGGUACGGAAAAUGCCAAUGGUGAUUUCGAGGUCAUCGACAUCAAGGUGCCCGACCUGCCUCCACAGCCUCGUCGAUGGGAAAAGGACGAGGUAGACACUGCUCAGAAAGAGUCUAGCAAGGGCAAAAUUGCCUUUAUCAGCGGCCUCGGCAUCACAGGAACGUCAAGCGAUACCCUCGCAUUAGAGCUCUUGACGGACUACCUCCUAGGCUACACUGGACCCUCGGAGCAAGAGGACAGCCCGCUACCGAACGCCUCUCUAAUCACAAGACUGGUCAUUGCUGGAAACUCGCUAGGAACCAGCAUGACUACCGAUACCAGUGCUGACAAUGCAGCUGCUGCGAAGAAGAAGACGGGCACGAAAAAAUACGGAUACGACGCUUCCGCAUACAAUGCAUCACCCAUCACUCAGCUGGACACGUUCCUGGCAGAGAUCUUACCCAGCAUACCCAUUACUCUAAUGCCCGGUGAAUCGGACCCCGCCAACUUCUCUCUUCCGCAGCAGGGUAUUCACCGUGCCAUGUUCCCGCGGGCCAGAGCAUACUGCGCUCCACCUCCAUCGGGCGACGAGAAACAAGAACCCGGUUGGUUUGAUAGCGUGACGAAUCCAUGGGAAGGUGAUGUAGAGGGGUGGCGCCUGUGGGGAAGCAGCGGCCAGAAUGUGGAUGAUGUCCUUCGCUACCUCAAUUUCUCCGAUCCUGAGAGCAACCCUGCCUCUACGGAUGGCGAUGUUGAGGCCAGAAUACGGAUUAUGGAGGCUAUGUUGCGCUGGAGGUGCGGAGUACCAACCGCUCCUGACACCAUAUGGUCAUACCCAUUCCAAACACAUGAUCCGUUUGUGAUCGAAACCUGCCCCCACAUUUUCUUCGCUGGCAACCAACCGCGGUUCAAGACCGCGGUCAUUGAGGGCGAUAUGCCCUUGAAACUGAAUGGCACAGACACCGAAAUGACCGGUACAGACGACAACACUCUGGGGCCACGGGUCCGCCUUUUGUCCAUCCCCAAAUUCAAGGAGACCGGGGAGCUAAUCUUGGUCGAUGUCGAGACACUGGAAGUCGAAGUGGUCAAAUUUGGAACAUUUGCUGGACAGCAAGAGAAACAAUGA